AUGGAUCGCCUGGUCGAAUCGACUCUGAAGUAUGGUCUGGUGCCCCCGGUGGUCAUGGAAUUCCCCGGCAUCACGGCUGGCGGAGGCUACGCGGGGACCUCCGGGGAGAGCAGCUCGUUCAAGCAUGGCUUCUUCGACAAAACGAUCAAUUCUGUCGAGAUGGUGCUCGCCAAUGGCGACACUGUCACGGCAUCCUCGACAGAGAACUCCGAUCUCUUUCACGGCGCUGCCGGUGCGGUGGGAAGUCUGGGGAUCACCACCUUGAUCGAGCUCCAACUGAUCGAGGCCAAAAAAUACGUGAAAGUGACAUACCAUCCACGAAGAAGCGUAGCGGAGACGAUCGAGUCUCUUCGCGACGAGAUAUCCGACUUUUCGAAUGAUUAUGUCGACGGCAUUCUUUACUCCAAGGACCACGGCGUCGUCGUCACUGGUGAAAUGACGGACGACAAGCCGGAGACGGCUGCCGUGCAGACGUUCAGCCAUCCCUUCGAUCCGUGGUUUUACCUGCACGUGAAGGAUAAGACCCUUUCAAGAUCCUCACCUGCCGUGACCGAGUACAUCCCCCUGGCAGAGUAUCUUUUUCGCUAUGACCGCGGUGGCUUCUGGGUCGGCGCCUCCGCCUUCGAGUACUUCAAAUUCCCCUUCAAUCGGUAUACGCGGUGGUUCCUUGACGACUUCCUGCACACGCGCAUGCUGUACAAAGCGCUCCAUGCGAGCGGUGAGUCCAGUCGCUACGUGGUCCAGGAUCUGGCACUGCCCUUCUCGACAGCCGAAGCCUUCAUUGACUACACCGCUGAAAAGUUCGGCAUCUGGCCGCUGUGGCUCUGCCCGCUGCGACAAUCGCCUCAGCCGACGUUGCAUCCCCACACAGGGGAAGUGGAGGCCGACGGCCAGACGCCAAAGCCGAUGCUCAACAUCGGGGUCUGGGGCUUCGGUCCCGCGGACCCGGACGCUUUCGUGGCUGCGAACCGCGACCUGGAGCGUCGGCUGCGGGAGCUGGGCGGGAUGAAAUGGCUGUACGCGCACACCUACUACACGGAGCAGGAGUUCUGGGAGAUGUACGACCGCGAGUGGUACGAUAACCUGCGGCAAAAGUACUCCGCGUCGACGCUCCCCAGCGUGUAUGAGAAAGUGAAGGUGGACGUCGAGAAGAAUCGCCGCGAGAGGGAGUCUUGGGGCGGGUGGUUGAGGUCGCGGUGGCCUUUGGGCGGGCUGUGGGGGAUCUGGAAGGCGAUCGAGAGUAGAAAUAUAGAUAUAGACAUAGACCUUGAGUGUACUAAUAGAGCGGCUAUAAUAGAUAGACACAGAUUUAUUCUGAACAAUGCGAAAUUCUUUCUGUCUAGUGUAAGGGACCUAGGAUUGUGA